GAUUGAAAAACAGUUGGAUAAUGGAAAUAAAUAAGUAAUGAGUAAACGCGUAUGAACAUGAAGAACGAAGAAGACGAAGAAGAAGAAGAAACAGCAGUUGGACAAAUCCAGCCAUCACCACUAAUAACAUAAUUUUUAUUUUUAGAGCAGACAGACACCAUUACUCACUUCUCUACUUUGGUCUCCUCUCCUCUCCUAUCCCCAUUAUCCCCACCUUCUUAUAUAUAUUCUUCCUUCCCUUUUUCUUUUCACCUUCUUUCUUCUUUUUCUUUCCAACCCUAAAUCUACCUCCAUAAAAUCCACCGCCAUUCAUUUUCAAAAAGUAAAAACACUCCAUUCUUCCCUCACCGACACCAUUCACAUUACCCACUUGAAGAAAAAAGAAAAGCUCUGUUUUUAUUAUCACAAUGGGUAACUGCUUAUUCGCCGGAGGGGCAGGGGAGAUUCAGGGGAAAAUCAAAGUAAUUACAUCUAAUGGUGGGAUUAUGGAGUUGGGUUCUCCGAUUACUGUUGGUUGUAUCGCCGAUGAGUUUCCCGGUUACGGAAUAUUCAAGAGUCAUGAUCUUUUUUGGAACCCACUUCCUCACAAUGAGGAGCUGCUUCCCGGAAAAUCAUACUACUUGCUUCCGAGAAACAGGGGAAGAAAUAGAGGAGGAGAAGAUGGGGUGGAGAUGGGGAUUAUAAGGGCGCGUGAAGGGCACGUACGGUCGAAUAGUGUGCCGGAAGCGGCGGCGGCGAUGGCGGCGAUGGCGCCGUAUAGAAUGUCGUUUGAUUAUCAGGGGGUUUUGAGGAGGUCACAAACGGAGGUGUUUUCACGGUAUAGUGAGAAGAAUGGUGGGGUUUGGAAAGUGAAAUUGGUGAUUAGUCCAAAGAGACUGGUGGAGAUUUUGGAAGAAGAAGGACAUACUCAAGAAUUGAUUGAAAGUGUCAGAACUGUGGCGAAAUGUGGAAGCACAAGCACGAGCAGUAGCUUCUCGUCGUCAAUGGCGUUUUCCGAUCAAUGGAGUUUGUCGACGGCCACUGCCAAUGCUACUCCAAGUGUUUCUUCCAAAAGUGGUGGCUUGUUGGAGAUUUAACAGUAAAUAAAUUUUUCUAAAGUUGAAUAAGUUUAUUUCACUUUAGUUUCUUUAGGGUUUUCUCAUGAUAUCUAUUUCUUUUGUUUUUUCCUUAAGUGAUUAUUUAAUAGGUGAUAGAUAUAGUGACUUUCAUAUAGUUGUAUUAAUAUAUUACAUGUGGGUUUGGCAUAUCAAUUAUUUAAUAGAGAAUAUACAUAUAGGGGCUUUGAUAUAUGUAUUUUUAUGUUAACAUGAACUUGUUUGUAAGAUAUUAGAUAUAAUGGGUGUUAGGUGUAUUAAGUGAGUAUUAUUAAUUAUCUAAUAUGAUUCAAUUAUUGUUCGUAA